CGUGCUCUAAAUACUUCCCGUACAGCAAUAACGCGGCAUGAUCCGAGAUUUGGAGGUUAUGUGGGUGUUGUACCGUUCAAAAAGCUGCUAAUCGAACACUCGUGUCAGGUGCUACGGGGAAGCGAUUAGAGAAAGUAUACCGCAUGUAACAUGCGGCGGGUGUAAUAAAGGAAACACAAGUACCGCGAACCACCGAGAAAUUCGUUUUCUUACAGUUGAGCAAACGGUCGUUCGUAUUCAUUCCCUUGAAAUACUACAUGUGAUAAACAUAGCAGAAUAUUGAAAGAUGGCGGGUACAAGUUGCUCCGCUUUUUCUCAUGACGGAAAAUAUUUAGCACAUUGUGGUAGCGACGGUAAAUUGAAGAUCUGGGAGACAGCUACAAGCAGAUUGAAACAGGAAUACACACCAAAUUUACAUCUGUCAUCGCCCUGCAGUGUCCUAGCGUGGAUCUCCGUUACCCGUCAAUCAACCUCCAACUCGGUUUCGCCAUGGAAGAAGCGAAAGAGAAAAUCUGUAACCGAGGAGCCGGAGAGCAUAGGAAUGGUUGCGAUGGGUUCGGUCAACGGGAAUGUCAUUCUCUACGACGUGGCGGCUGCCGCAGUUAGUAAACAAUUGGAGGUGGGCCACACGGGAGUAAUAACAGCAAUCGACUGGUCGGAUUGCAGCGGUUUAUUCACAGCUGCCGAAGACAAGAUGAUUAUCCACUGGAAUAUCCAGGACGAUUGCGUCAAGGCCAAGUUUAAGUCUGGUAAAGAAAAAGUCACGGCUAUCGCCAUUGUUCAUGGUGAAAAUUCCAUCAUCUCAGCUGGAAAAACUAUCAAGUGGUGGGAUUUAUCGACCCAGCGUGUCAUUACGAGCUUUACGGGACACACCAGCUAUGUAACUUCUCUGAACCCUAUAAAAAUGAAUGGCAAAAGUAUCUACCUUAUCAGUGGAGCCAGCGGCGAUAGACAAUUAAACAUUUGGUCAUUAAAUAAGGAAAAUAAGGACAGGAACUCCGUGGCCAUAUUAGUGAUGCAGGAUGAGGCCACUUCGGUAACGGCGCAGGUUGUCGCAGAUUCACAAGUCGAGGUAUUGGCAGUGACAAGGUCUGGUAAAGCCCAUUUAUUCAAGCAUCAACCAAACGGGCGAGGUUCCAAGCCUCUUAAACCGACACUUGAAAUUGUUGUCAAUUCAACUCGUGGUCAGAAAGAAACUGUUCAACAAAUUCAAAUUUUAACUGCUAAACUGACGGAAGACUCGCAGCUGCUUUUGGCAUAUGGUUCAUACCUCAAUGUAUCUUUCGAAAAAGUUACGCCUGAUUUUUCAGAGAAAGUACAAUGUCUUAUGAGGCUCGGUGCAAAGAUAUCGAAGGAAAGAAAUGAUCUCGCAGUUUCCAAAAUUAAACCUACGGAAGUCGACGGAGAGGUCCAAUAUUUAACCACAGGAACAGCCACUCCGAUAGUGAAAAGGAGUCGAUCGAAUGCAGCAGGUUCACAACUACCAAUGGAAGUUAGAUUAGAAAAUCUCAGUUUAAAAACAGCAGCUAACACACCGGGCGAAGCACCUACAAAAGCUACCAAUAUGGCACAACUACUCAUGCAAGGUUUACAUAGCAAAGACAAAACUAUACUUCGCGACGUGUUGAUGAGGCGAGAUGAAACUUUGAUUAAAAACACGGUAUCGAGGCUACCAGUUGAGACGAUUGCUCCAUUGCUCAAGGAGCUGACCAUCUUAAUGCAAGGGAAAGCAUACACGACCAAAAUAGCCAUUACCUGGCUCAAAAUGUUGGUUCAGCAUUUUGCGGGGCAUCUGUUAUCCUAUCCAGACAUUGGUGACUUAUUGGGACCCAUUCUAGGUACUGUGGAUGCAAAAUUGAGCCUGUUGCCACAAUUGUGCAGGCUCAAAGGGCGCGUUGCUCUUGUUACUGGUCAAAUCACACAAGCAGCUGAAAAACGGGAAAGAAUCAACGAGGAGAGUCUCCUUGUUUAUCAAGAGCCAGAUUCUUCAGAUGACGACACUGAGGUAGAGGAACUGGCAACUGGAAGUGAAUCGGAUGAUAUUUGGGAAGAAGCUUCUGACCAGGAGGCAAACCAAGAAGCUGAUGAAACCCAUAAUCAACCAGGUGACAAUGACGAAGACGACAAUGACGAGAGUGACGAUGAAGAUGUUGGUGAGGACAGUGACGAUAUUUCAAUGUCUAGUUGAACUUGUAAAGAAAACAGACAAAAGUAAAACUGCGGCAAUUUUUUCACAAGAAAAUGUCUGGAUUAAUUCGUUCAAGUAAACCUUUUAAAAUCACUUCGCUACCUUGAAAUGAAAACGGAGGAACGUGAUUUUGACUAACGAAUCUUCUUUCUUUUACCCGUAACAGAAUGUAUGACAUAACAAAAGCGCGAAGAAGCUGAAUAAUUUUACUGUUUCGUAAAAGACUGCGAAUACAUCAGGGCUAAUUUAUGUUGACGUUUUUUUUAUGUACGUCGAUUCAGUGUUUGCUCAGUAUGAAGACUUGUUGCAUUAUAUUUUUUUUAAAUGUAAAUAUAAAUUGUAGAUCGUUAAACUUGUUUUGCGGAAAGAAACAAAUUUACCAAAUUUUCUUAUUUCUUUUACCAUUUUCAUUUUUUACUGACUUUUUUUUCUGACUUUUUUUUCUAAGUAAUGAAUUAAUUAAAGUAUAUAGACAUAUCUACUUUAAAUUUUUAAUUCUAGCGUUUUCUGUUGAACUUGUUCAGGCUAAUCGUCUCUUUCAGUGGCUGUACCUGUGCACUAGGAAUUCUAAUAAAAUCACACCCAGUGCGUGCCAAGUAUAGCCAGUGAAAGGACACUGGUGUGUUACCGAUUCUCAUUGAAAUACGAAAAUUUGCUGAAUUUAACUAACCAUUGCUAAUUGCAGUAUACAGUUUGCAAAAAUUGAUAAAA